AUUUGGCUUCAACGUAGAAUAUGUACGAAAGAGUUGCAUGGAUGAUUUUUGCGUGUAUGGAAACGGUUGCAAGUACAAAAAUCUAUAUAUAUAUAUAUAUAUAUAUAUAUCCAACGUUUCGAUGCUUAUACUUCAUACACAUGCAUCCAAAUUGCACAUUUUGCAUAGAGCUGGAGGGAAGUAGGGCGGUGUGAGACGCGGGCAAUGAAGGUUACACUCGCUUCUCGUUAUAUGUACUGUAUAUAAUACUUUUAGUUACUGAGUCGCUCUAAAAUUGUAAGGAACUAAAACACACUCAUAAUUUUAAUUUUUCCGUUUUUCUUUUUUAUCAUAAAUAACUAAAUGUGGCGUCGGUUUUCCUCACAGCGUGCACUAAUACAAAUAUAACACCAAAAAGGAGUGAUUUUAGUUUUUUUUCUUUCUUUUUUUCUAUAUCGGGUGUAAAAGACGAACCGAAAAUAUGAUGUGGAAAACAGCAAAAAAAAUUUGGAAUUUUUUUUUGGUCGAAGAAAUGAACUGUAAAUAAUAAUAGUAAAAAACCCACAUUUCAAAACAUCUCUCCCCAAACAACAUAUCGAACCGGCAUCAACGGAAGAGCAGGAAAAACCGAAAUUUUCUUCAUUCUAUUGUUAACUAAAGACAUUUUUCGAGCAGAGAAAAUCGGGGUUUCUUUUUUGUUCCGUCAAACAAUUUUUUUUUUCAUUCCAUUUUCGAGUGCACACAAAAAAUACCGUAGAGAAAAACCUAGGCGUCGUAAUGUCGCUUCAAAAUCGAGAGAAUCGAAAGAAAAGUUAAAGUGCAUUAAUAAUUUGAUAUGUGCUUUUUUAUAAAUGCAGCAGAAUAUCAAUGUAUUGGUGCUGCGAUAUGAUUUAGUCAAAAAAAAAACGAGAUGCGUAUAUUGAAAAACUGCAACAAAUUACCGAAAAAUGCAUAGUGAGUGAAUGAGACAGUGCUAUUACAUGUAAUUAACUCUACAUUUUUUUCGUUGUUUUUUAUGGCUUUAUUUUUCCUCAUUUUUCGUGUGUGUAAAUGUAUUUGGAUAGACAGUCGGUGUGCAUUUGUGUGGUGAAAAUAUUCGAGCUUUUUUAACAAACAAAACGAAAAAAGCAGAGUUUUUUAUAUGGGAAAAAAAGAAUUUAAAUAUUGUAUAGACUGUGAGAUAGAGACGGCAACGGUUGACAUUUUAAGCAAUAUAUAUAUAGUGUUUAUGUAUAAAAUACAGUGAAAAAUAAUACAACAACAACAAAAAAGUAUCGAAAAAAAGUGCAGCGCUAAACAGAAAUGGUUCAACUUUUAUGAUUUAGUUGCAAUGAAAAAGUUCCACCGAAAGUAGCUCCAUACUGUGUGUUUUUCGUACAAUUUCAUAUGGAAGAAUAAUAUACACAUAAAUAUCAUUGUGAUUGUUUUGGUUUUUCGUUUUUUUGUUGGAGAAUUUAGUUUUCUUAAACAUUUUUGAAUUUACAAAUUUUUAGUUCGUUUCGUAAAACUCCUACAAAAUUCGGGACAUUUUUUUCUCGGUCUUAAUAUUCGUGGAAUAAUGCAGACACUGGAUAAAUAAAAGCGCCCCGUUUUUAAAUGAAAUAGUAAAAUUAAAAAUAAUAAAUAUUAAAAAAAAAUCUCGCAACCCAAUGCUAACGAAUUCGUCGCAAAUGUUUGUGAAAUUACUUGUUGCGUCACAACGUCCUGUGACAAGAAACGAACCAAAUUCAAAAUUAUUUCGAAUUGAAAAUCAUCGUCAAACUAUCUGUAACGGACUAAAAUGGCAGGCUGCUCAUUCGCACGGUGUGUACAAGAACGUCGAUUUAUAAAACGUGAACUUCAGAAAUGGACUAAAAACAUGGUUUACAUAGUCGGAUUUGAACGUGUAGCCGAAGAAUUGAUGGGACGCAGGAAAUGGAAACUAUAUCAAGAAGUUCUUGCACGUUCACAAUCGAAUUCUAUUCAAGCAAAUUCAACAGAUACAGUUUCCCAACAGAAAACAUUUGCAACAAGGAACAAACAAUACAACAGGAACUAGACGAAGUCGACAUAGAACAGGAGAAAAAGAGAGUGUCCGACAAACACAUAAAAGACGAAGACGUGACAGAAACGGAACCAAGCGAUAUCACGAAAGAAGCAUUAAAUUCUGUAGAAUUGGACAAAGAGCAAACAAAAGUAAAAGAAAAUUCCAGCAGUGCGUCAACUGAUGACAAAAAAUUACCACAAUCAAUUGACUGGAAACCACAAAAUAAGUGUUAUUUCUGCGUAGACGGUAAAUUGGUCACCGUGAACGAACGAGGGGAUUUUGUGACCGAGUCAGGUUCGGUGCAGUCCGAACCAGAUCUCGUUAACAGAACAUCAGUUGAGUCGGAUAGUGACUCUAGUGAUUGUUCUGAUGCUGAAAUUCAGGAUCCCAUUCUAAACACACCACCCAAAUCCGUUACAGAAUUAUUGAGAAAUUCGUUGUCACAACAUAAUAUGACUUCUUAUGAAUCUAUGGCUGCCCAGUUAGCUACAAUUGCAUCACUUAAUGGCUUUCCUUCCAUGUACCCUGGCCUUUUAUACAAUCAAUUUGUUCAACAAAUGCAAUCGGCUCAAACUGAACCAGUGGCAUCAGUUAGCAGUCCAAACGCGAAACCAUCAUCAAGUUCCACUGAAUCAACAGCGGAGCAACCACUGGAUCUUAGUGCAAAGCCUUCUAAUGCUCCCAUGUUUCACCAACACGAUUCGAAACAGGUGUACAGAGCCAAACCACGCAUGUCAACUGUACCAGGAAGACGAACGUAUACGGAAGAGGAGCUUCAAAGUGCCCUUCAGGAUAUUUUGAGUGGUAAACUAGGAACGAGACGGGCAGCUGUUCAAUAUGGCAUACCCCGAUCAACAUUACGAAAUAAAGUGUAUAAACUUGCAAUGGAACAGAAACGGGAGGCAACAUUAUUGCCACCAGCGACUGUGUUAGAUUUGGACAAUGACAAUGAUGACAAUGAACUUUCGGGAAAUGAAGACGACAAAGACAUAGAAAAAGCGAUAAGUAAUUGUAUGGGUCAGGCGAACGUACUGAGAUUAUCAUCUCGAUCGUCCACGUCGGGAAUGUCGAACUUUCCGAAUCCAUUCGAUAACAGUUCACUGAAACAAGAUGUCGCAAAAGAACCAUCCAAACCUCCCACUACGUCAACACCACAGACACCACAAACACCGCCAAUAAUAAACAAUCCAUGGCUGGACCCCGUUGUAUUACAAAACCUUAUUCUCGGUGGUUUUAUGCAGCAAAAGUAUGACGAUCCUGCAUUUCAAGAACUCUUUCGAAACCUAUUGAUACAGCAGCAGGAAUUGAUGAAAGAACAAAUGAAAAACUCACUAGGAACGAACAUCGAUGCGGUGAACAAUGGAAAUCCAAUUAAUCCAGAUGUUCGAAAUAUAAUGCACAAUUUUUCAUUGCUACAUCAUCAGCAAAUGCAAAAUCGAGCAGUCAAACGAGAAACGCCAGAAACAACAUCAUCUAAUGAUCCCGGUGAGGAUGCUGCUGUGAUACUUAAAAUUCCGUCCUUCAAGCCAUUAGUAGGAUCGUCGUCUGGAAAGAAUGGUGACAAUAACAGUGACACAGCCUCACAAACAACACCACCAAUACCAUCACGUAGUCCACUCAGUCACAAUUCGGACAUGUCGCCAUCAAUACUACGGUCUGCCAACGACUCACAAUCACCUCCAAUCAAUGUUGCCGGUAAAAGUCAACUGUCGCUGCGAGACGUUAUUGCGAAAAGCAUAACGCGAACAUUCAAUCAACAAAGUCCCGAUCUUGUGAGUAAGCCUUCUAUGGAUCACAUUGAGCCGUACAAAGGUCCCAGCAUAUCGGUUAUUAAAAAUUUAGGUGGCACGGAUAUAUCGCGAUUCGCGACCAGUCCCAACAUGAUGGGAUCGAUGAAUUCUAAUGCCAAUAUGCAAUCGGUCGGUAUUGGUGGCAAAGGAACCCGUCCAAAGCGUGGUAAAUAUCGAAAUUAUGACAGAGAUAGUUUGGUUGAAGCUGUCAAAGCAGUUCAGCGCGGUGAAAUGUCUGUGCACAGAGCUGGAAGUUAUUAUGGUGUACCACAUUCUACAUUAGAGUAUAAAGUGAAGGAAAGGCACUUAAUGCGUCCUAGAAAACGAGAGCCGAAACCCCAACCAUUAGAUGGUUGUGGGACCAAUUCGUCGCUAACAAUAAAAUCCGAUGACAUAACGGCAUCUUCCUCAUCAGGUAUGAGAGCUAUGGACAAAAGUAAACCGCUGUCAACAAAGUCGACUAAAUCAUCUUCCUAUCCAGCCACACCUCCAAACGGUCUCAAAAUGGGAAUGUUUGAUCCAGCACAACUCCAAUAUGGUCCACAUUUGUUUUGGCCACACCCGCCUGGAUAUUCUGGAUUACCAUUAGAUUUCACACGAUCUCCGGCCACUGGAUCAACAUCCGCAUUUCCUGCAAAUGCUGAAAGUUAUUUUGCCUCACAAAUGAUGCAUAGAUUUCAAGAUGACGCCCGACAAAGUGGCGUAAGUAGCUCAAUGGCAAAGUCAACCACCAUCAGCAACCAAUCAAAAUCAGCCCGAGAACUUGCCGAAAGUCUUUACGACGGUGCAAGUACAAACGGUUCGUUUCUCGACGGCAUCAUACGACAUAGUUUAGAUCGCAAAACUGGUGAUACUUCACACGGCACACUGUUAGAUCAAUUAGUGAAAAAUAAUCGACAUUCCGAUGAAGGUUCGAGCAAACGACCGGGUAGCCCAAUAAAUUUUGCUCAGUCGGAAAUAAAACGCGAACGAGCUAGUCCGUCAUCCGGCGAAACCGAUAAGGAUUCAUGCGAUUACGAAAUACCAAAAGAAUCGGUCGAAACACUGAUGAAAUAUCGGGAAAUUUUGAAGCAAGGAUCGGACGAAAAGUGUCUGAAAAGUUCGGUAGAAAAUUUAAACGGAAAUUCACCCAUAAACAAAGUGACACAACAUUCUGAAAAGGACGACAGUUCAUGAAUAAAUCAAUGAUCAAUGUGUUCUGGUUCUUAAUGCAACAACAAAUAUUUUUUAAAAAAAUAUCAGCAAAAUAUUACAAAAAAAUUAAGAAAUUUAAAAAAUUAAAAAAUUACGAACUGAAAGAACUACUAAAUAACAAACAUAAAAACAAAAACAUGCAACAACACCUAUGGCAAAGGUAUAUUUUCGUAUACGUAGUUUAAAAUUAAAAGAAGAAGAAUAAACACAAAUUAAAGUGUCGUGAAAAAGUUAAAUGAAACAAGAACAAAAUUUAUGACCUCGUUAUCAUUUUUUUUUGUUUUGACAAUCGACAAAUAGGCUCCUGUACAAAAGAGGAUAUUUCUACAACAAAUUCUAUAUACAACAACUCCAUUAAAUAUACAACAAUAUCAUCAAUCAACAUCUAACAUCAACAACAACAACAUAGAAGAAAAACUACAAUAUACUGGAUACUGUUUUUUAAGAUAUUUACACCAUUCUACGAUAUAUUUUGAAGAAAAAGAUAAAAUUUAUUUCAAAUUUGAUCGACCGCCCUAAUCAGCCCUUAAAAAAACAAAAAAAAUUUUUGGUGUGGGAAAUCGUCUUCACAGAAUAAUGAAACAUUUUCCCGAAAUGUGACUAAACCAUAGUUUAUCAAAAUUUAAAUAUU